UACAUUGAUCCGAGAGAUUCAGUGAAGCUGUCACAAGCUGAACUGGUUGUGAUCGAUGAAGCGGCUGCGAUUCCUCUUCCAGUUGUUAAAGAGUUGAUAUCUGGUCCCUACAUGGUGUUCUUGGCAUCAACGAUAAAUGGCUAUGAGGGUACUGGUCGUUCGCUAUCUCUGAAGUUAUUGCAACAGUUGCGAGAGCAGUCGGCCGGCAUUACGAGUAGCGACAAAUCGGGAUCGGUCAUGUCGGGAUUCAAA